UAGAACAAGGGGAAAGUGGUCUGGGCAUGGAACUAUGCACCAAAGUCAAGUUAUUAACGAUUAAAGUUGACUAUACGGCCUAUACAGUUACAGUAUGACAUGGUAGUUUUGAAUACUAAUAAAUCCAAAACUAUACAGUAAAAAUACAUGCAUUUUUGUGGGGUGAUAGUACACCUCUAGUAGAACAAGGGGAAAGUGGUCUGAGCCUGGAACUAUGCACCAAAGUUAAGUUAUUAAUUAUAAAAGUUUCACAGUAUGACAUGGUAGUUUUAAAUAAUAAUAAAUGCUUAAUUUUACAGUAAAAGUAUACAGAUCUUCAUUAGGCGACAGUUUUUCUAUACAUGCAAUAUUUUGUUUCGUAUUUUUCUAUAUUUUGAACAGACCAGACGUGUCGCUAUGAAAAGAGGAAGUCGCGACGAGCGUGUUUUGUGCUCUGCUGUAAAGCGCGUAAUACGGGCGCAAGACGUUUCCGAAGCGCGGCUGGCUGAACGACGGAUGAACGAACGACGGCUCACUUGACCGCAGUUGCCUCAGGGAGCCUCCACUAGCACCCACAUGUUGGCCGGAGCCGUGGCUGGGAUCAUGGAGCACUGCCUCAUGUUCCCCAUCGACUGUGUGAAGACUCGCAUGCAGAGCCUCCAGCCCGACCCCGCGGCCCGCUACAGGAACGUGAUGGAUGCCCUUCGCCGUAUUGUAGUCACAGAGGGAGUGUGGCGGCCAAUGAGGGGGCUCAAUGCCACAGCAGUUGGGGCGGGACCUGCCCAUGCCCUGUACUUUGCCUGCUACGAGAAACUCAAAAAGACUCUGAGCGAUGUCAUUCACCCAGGGGCUAACAGCCAUUUGGCUAAUGGUGCAGCUGGGUGUGUGGCCACACUGCUUCACGACGCAGCCAUGAACCCAGCAGAGGUUGUGAAGCAGCGCAUGCAGAUGUAUAACUCCCCCUAUCGCGGCGUGUUGGACUGUGUAUGUGCCGUGUGGAAGACCGAAGGCCCUGCAGCCUUCUACCGCAGCUACACCACCCAGCUCACCAUGAACGUGCCCUUCCAGGCGCUCCACUUCAUGACUUACGAGUACCUGCAGGAGCUGCUCAACCCCCACAGACAGUACAACCCCUCAUCCCACAUGUUGUCCGGAGCUUUGGCCGGAGCCAUUGCAGCUGCUGCCACUACACCUCUGGACGUCUGCAAGACCCUGCUCAACACCCAGGAGUCUCAGGCCCUCAGCUCCUUGUCUUCUGGUCAAGGCCCUGGCCAGAGCCAAGGUCAAGGAGCCCACAGACACAUCUCAGGCCUGGCCCAUGCCUUCAGGACGGUUUACAGGCUGGGCGGCCUGCAUGGCUUCUUCAGAGGAGUCCAGGCGAGGAUCAUCUACCAGAUGCCCUCCACAGCAAUCAGCUGGUCUGUGUAUGAGUUCUUCAAGUAUGGCCUCACUAAGCAUCAGCACGACAAGCAGAAGCGAGCGCAGCACAUGAAGGCUGAGAUGUAGAGAUCUCUUUAGUUUAACCUCUACUGAUAUUUUUCCCUGUGAAAGAAAAAUGAACGCACACACAGGCUAGAAUUCACCUCAGCUGCCCAGUCCCCUUCAGACAUGACAAAUAAGAAAGCCCUAUUCAUAGACAGUUAGCUGAAGUAACGGCAAAUCAUGGUUUAUGUUACAUUAUUUCUCUCCUUUAGUAUUAUGGAAGCCAUUAGUCAGGAGAUUUUUAAGUGCUACUAGUGACCACAAGUAGUUUCUCUGAACAAGGGAAUGCACAGGACUUGGAGGAGAAAUAGUCAGCAGAGGGCAGUAGUGUUACUUUAAGUGUUCAGUCAUUUCAGAAGUCCCUCUGCCCUAGGACCUCAUUUUCAUUUUCUCCCAUUCAAAGCCCAAGUUUGCAAAUGAGUUAUAACUGACUUCUAAUGCUCACGACCUUCUAGAUUUGGUCAUGUCGGGGGCGAGAUAUUUUGCUACCUAUUUGGCGUUAAACAAACCUUUUUAGUCUUUUAUCCAAAAAAUAUCAAAAUAUUUUUUUUUGGUCAAUUUGCUGUUCCCUUGUAUAAACUUUAAUGGGUCCUGCUAACAUGGCAACCCAACAAUUAACAUUUAUUUUUUAUCUUGAGUAAUUUAAUUGUAUAAUUUGAAAUAUGCUUAAUAUCCACAAGAAAUAUCUUUAUUUUGUUAAUUUGGCAGUAAUUUAAUUAAUAUAUUGGUAGCUAUAAUUCAGACUUUUUUCAUUUAUUUGUUAUAAUUUGAUUUCUUUAAAUCUCUUAUUACUGCUAAGACAUGCAUCGCUGUGAAGUCCCCCCAUUUUAUGAGUUUUUUUUCCCACUUUUGCAUUUAUUCAACUCGAGUCCACCCAACGCUCACCCUUAAUGCCUUGUGCCUGCAUCCGCUGCAGUGACUAGCCUGUUUUUAGCUUAUGAGGUCCACAGUUUCUGUGCUCAGCAGCGCAGGUUGUCCACAGUCUGCUGGGCCCAACAUGAAGUCACUAAAUUGUCACAGAGUUCAGUGUGUCGCAUUGAUUAGACCUUGAAAGGAGGCUGCCGAUCCUCCUAGUUGAUGUCUGAUGGUUUCCAACACUCAGUUGCAUUUCCAGAAUAAAAGCUGAGCAGAAGGAGCAUCUCACUGCUCCUAAAUGA